AUGACACUGUACGGAAGGCUCCGUCGCCAAGCCGUAGAGCUGUCAAGCCGCAGGGCUGGCUGUCACAUCAACCCCCAACUGUCAACUUCCUUGACUACGAACCGCCAACUGUCGACUUUCUCAACCGCCAACUGUCAACUUUCUCAACCGCCAACUGUCAACUUGCUCAAUGGUCAACUGUCAACUGUCAACUGUCAACGGUCAACUGUCAACGGUCAACUGUCAACAGUCAAUGGUCAACUGUCAACGGUCAACGGUCAACGGUCAACGGUCAACGGUCAAUGGUCAACGGUCAACGCUGCCGACUGCUCAACCACCAACGGCCCACUUGCUCAACCGCCAACUGUCAACUGUCAACUGUCAAACGGCUCAACCGCCAUCUGGCAACUUCGUGAACCGCCAACUGUCCACUGGCUCUGCCGACAACUGGCAACUGGCUCAACCGCCAACUGGCAACUGGCUCAAUCACCAACUGUCAACUGGCUCAACUACCAACUGGCAACUUGGUUAACCAACAACUGUCAACUUUCUCAACCACCAACUGUCGACUUGCUCAACUGGAAACGUGCUCAACACCGCCAACUGUAA